AUGGCGGAGCAGGGCUCGAUGACCAAGGAGUCUAGCACCGACUUGCUUCGGCUGGCCGAACAGUUGGAUACGCUGGAGCCAGUCUCAGUUGCACGCGCACUUCAUACCAUGCACAUGAACGCCCUGCCAGCUACUGUGCAGCAGGCGGUGCAGCUAAGAAGUAACAACACAGUGUCGACGCUUGUCGUCCUUCUCGAGCCGUCCUACGAUGUCUCUCUGAGGAGCCACGCAAUGCAUGUUAUAGCUCGUAUGUGCAGGCUUGAUCGCAUGAGCCAGGACAGCUUCAUCAAUCACGGAAUUGUCCGGAAGCUCAUCAAAAAUGCCGACACGACUCAGGGCGCCGACGUGGACGCGCCAGCGGCCAUACGAGCCCUGGCACGAUUGGCUGGCGGCGAAGCGCCCGGACCUUCCCAGACCGCGGUGGUCGAGGAUGUGUUUCUGAGCGGGCUGAUGACUCGGAUGCGUGGGGAUCUAUACGCCCGCCGCAACAGACUCAAUGACCCGCUGGUGGCCGCCAUCGGCGACUUCCUGGCGACAGUCGCCGUCUGCCCAGCGCAUCACUACGGCCUCCGCGAAGCCUCAUUGCUGCUACCCAGCCUACUGGAAUCUGCAGCCGCCGCCACUGCGGCAGCCGCCGGCGACUCCGCUGCAGCGGCGGCUGCUGCUGCUGCCGGCGCUUCCUUUCUGGAUGUCGUGUACCGCAUGUCGACGUCAGACGCAUUGGCGCCGUCACUGCGUACGGAGUCGUACUAUGAGCCGCUGGCGAAUCUGUUAUCGGCGGCGCCUGCCAUGUCGACGUUGCGGCGCACGGCAUUGCUGACGCUGUGCAACGUGUUUGGUGCCGACGGGGAUAAUGUACGGGCGGAGGAGGUUCUGAAGGUGAACGGGGCGCCUCCGCUGCUGACGACGCUGCUAGCAGCGGCGCUCGGCCCUGGCGACGUGGGUGCAGCAGCGCGUGCGACGGGGACGGCGCCAGCCGUACCCGUCGGUACCGCUGCCGGCAGCAGCUUGCAGCGGCGCAGCGGCGGCGCCAACGGCAGCGGAAGUGCAGCGACGGCGACUCGCGGCGUGCGUGUCUCAGACGGUGGCGUCCUGGCCCGGGGCGCGGGGGUGCUGAUCAACGGCGCUUCCAACAUCGCCACUGCCCACGACGCCGCCGGUAUCGCCGCCGCCACGGCGGCGCAGCAGCGUCACCAUGACACUGCCGCAGCCGGCUGGCAAGUACGGACGCUGCCUGAGGCCGCCCUCUCACCCGCCACCGGCCGCAGCGGCCACGGGAGUACGGGUAACGGCUACGCGCUGUCCAGCAUCACAGUAUCCGGGUUCAUCGGAACCAGUGACACCGCCGCCGCUGCCGGCGGCGGGGGCGGCGGUGUCGGCAGCCGCCGGGCAACACGGCCGUCUUCGGACGGCGGCUCUGAGGCGGCGGCAGCUCCGGUUCCCUUGGAGGAGGUCCUCCACACCCUCAAGUGCCUGGCCGCGAACCCCAUGCUGGCGCGCAAGCUCGCUAAGCCUGGGUCGCCCGGGUACGUGUUGCCGUCGUUGCUGGACGCGGUCGUUUCAUCUCUCCACCACGCCGCCGCCGGCCGCAUCUCCCGUACUGCGUGGGCGGCUCGCGCCUCCGCCGGCGUACAGACGGUGCUUCGGCUGGCGUCGUGCGCGGAGCUGGUGCCGGCGCUGCGCGCCGCUGGGGCGGCGGCGGUGUUGCGUUUAUUGGCGGCGGAGGCAGAUGACCCGCGGGUCGGUGAGGCCGCGUGUGUGGCGCUGCUGUAUAUGGGAGAUACAGGCUUGGUGGGGUAUACUAGCCGGCCUGCGGUGGCGGCAUUUCGGGCAUUGUACCGCAACGGUACGGCAGGAGCUGGGGCUGAGGCAGAGCAUGGUUCCCGGUUCCAAGUGUUCGUGAGCCACCACCGGGCAGAUGCGCACCAGUUUGCCUUGUUCACCGUGUACCCCAUGCUGGUGCUUCAGGGGGUGCCGGCCUUUAUAGACCCGCAACACAGGACUGCAUCCAGCGAUUGGUCUCACGUGAUUGCCGGCUGCAAGAACUUGCUGGUGGUGCUGAGCGAGAUGCUGCUGGCCAGUCCUGACCACGUGCGGGAGGUGCAGGCGGCGGUGGCGGCGGGGGUGAAUGUGGUGGCAGUGAUGCCGGAGGGGAUGAUGUGGAGCGACUCACAGGGGUACAAGUUUUUUGACUCGCCGCCGCCCGCGGUGCUGCUGGCUCUCCCCGCCUGCCUCCGCGGCCUCGUCACGGAGGACGUCCUCAUGUACUCGGCGGCACGGCACGGGGAGUUCACGCAGCUCCUCAUGACGAGGCUGCAGCUGCCAGCGGCGCCACCGCCACCGCCAGCGACGGCAGCGGCAGCGGCAGCGGCAGCAGACGCGGUCUCAGUGGAGGUAAUGGCGGCGGCGUCGCCGUCGACGUCGCCAGGCCGAGGGGCUACGCACCUCCGCAACGGCGGCAGCAGCGGCUGUGGUGACACAGGCGACGGCAGCAUUGUACGGCAGGGCAGCGGCGGCGUCACCGGACGGGAUUACUCAUCGCGUGGGCCGUCCAGGGGCCGGGCCCGGUGUACGACAGGCCGCGGGGUCGACAUGCAUGGGGGGGAUGAGCAGCCGCCGCACCGAGUCUCCUUCAGCGGCGUCGGCGAUGCCUUCCAGCGGCUGCAGCACCAGCAGGACGAAGAGGAGCGCGCUGAGAUGGCGGCGGCGGGGACGGCGGAAGCUUCGACGGCGACGGGCGGGGGAGCCCAGGGGACGCAGCAACAGCAACCGCCGCCGCCGUCGGCGGCGGCGGCGGCCCCAUCGGAGUUCCUUCCCUGGCCGUGGUGCCGUUUGCUCGACGGUGCCGCCGGCGCCGCCGGUUCGGACGAAGAAGACGAGCUCGUAAGGUACCCCCGUACAUGGUACGGCGGUGGGUACGGCACCGGGACGGCUAGACUGGGUGCGAGCCUCGGCGGUGCGGACUCGGCGUCCGGUUCUGCAGUACGGGAGAGCGCCGCGGCCAUGACGCAGCACGCGGCGGCGCCGCCGGCGUCGGGCGCACCUGUGUCGUGCACGUCCCGCCGGCUCACGGCGCGACAGCGGUCUUCCAUAAACCGUCACGCGGCGCUGCAGCUGCAGCAGCAGCAACAACAGGCUUUGCUACAGCAUCAGUGGAUACAGGAGUACCAGCAUCAAGCAGCGCGUCUCCCGCAGCAGCAGCAGCGGCCUCAGACGAGCCUCCUGGGCAGUGCGGGGUCGGACAUAUCAUCGGUGGCACCGGCGGCAGCGGCCGCGGGCGGCGGAUCACCUCCACACGGGUCGGGAUCGGUCGGCGGGGCGGACGACGGCAACCUGCCUCUGUCAGCGCUGAGCCAGCUCCUGGCGCUGCAGCUGGAAAUGGUGCGGUACGAGCUACGGCAAGCCGUACAAGCGUCACAUGAAAAUAUCGCCUACAAGAUCGAUCGGCUUCGGAGCGAUUUCACCGAGCAAGUCGUGCAGCUGCGUUUUGAUCUGGCCGGGAAAAUCGAGGCGCUACAGGAGGCGAUGGCCUCAGCAGCCACCGUCAGCGGCCGAAACGGCAGCGGCGGCGGGGCUUCUUCGCCGCAGGACUCUGUGAAUGCCGGCGCCAGCAGCGGCAGCGGCAACGGCAGCAGCGGCGCCGGAUCGAACCGCGAGCCGAGUACUUCGCCGUCUCCCUCCCAACAACAACAACAGCAGCAGCAGCAUCUGGCGGCAGCGCUGUCAAGCACUAUAGCCGCAAGUUUGCAGGACGCCGUGAACCGCGCAGUGGCGCAGCUGCAGGCGACGGUGGCGGCGGCGGCGGGUAUUACAGCGAAGCCAGCGCCAGCGCCGACGGUCAUCCCCACCGUUGCCGUGGGCCACUUAGGCGCCGCUGGCGGCGGCGGUGUGGGGCCUGGGGCCGCUGUUCCGAAAGGGGCCCCCGGCGCGGCGGCCCUGCUGGCGGCGGCACACCAGCAACAACAACAGUCGCCACAUCUAACCGGGCAUCAUCACCCACAUCACAGUCCGCAACCCCCAACACAGCCAGUUCACAACCCGCGGGCUGGCGGCGGCGGUGGCGGUGGCGGUGGAGGCGGCGGUGGCGGUGGCGGCGGGCCCGCUAUCACCGUAAUGACGCCACAGACGCCGCAUCAGCCACAAGGAAUGGAGUUCAUGUCCCCGGUGGCGCGCGCCGGAGCCGCCGCAUGGUCGGGCGACGGCACCGGCACCGGUCCGGCAGGACACGGCCCCGGGCAUGGUGGUAGCGCCAAGUCCCGCACCAGUCACCCCGGCAUGGCGGCUGGGGUGGACAGAGGUGGAGGAAAAGGCGGCGGCGCAGGCGCCGCCGCCGCCGCGGCGACGCGGCCGGGGCCCUUGGCCUUGUUCGAUGCAGCGGCGGCGGAGGACGAGGCUGGCGGCGGAGGCGGCGGUCUGGGCGGCGGCCGCGUGAUGUCCCCCACGGCGCUCCUCGCCACCGUCAACAGCCCUUCUACAGCCCAAGCUGCGCUGUUGGCGGCGGUGGCAGGACGUGCACGAAUCACCCCGAUGGCAGGGGUGUCCCAGGCUGCUGCCGCUGGUGGCGGCGGUGGUACGGCCUGUAUCGGUGCACCGUCACAGAAGGACCGCAGCAGCACCGCCAACGGCACCGCUGGCGGCGGCGGCGGCAGCGGCAAGGGCACGCUGCCGCCGCUGGCAGGUUUGAUGUCGUCCUUCUCUCCAGCCUCCGCAGCGAAGCUUGUGGAGCGUACGGAAGCGCAGCCAGUGCGCAAGGCCCAGCAACAGCAACUUCUGAUGCAACAGCAGCAGCAACAACAACAGAUAUUGCUACAGCACCAGCAGGCGGCUUACCAUCAAUAUGCAUAG